AUGGGCAAUUAUCAGAACAAACCAAGGUUGAGAAAAUCCCAGUCAGUCCCUGACACACAGAGUUUUGUCCUUGACCCACUGCUUGUUCGAGGGAAGUCUCGUAGUUCCGCCCGACUGGCACGUUUACCAUCCACUGGCAGUGUCACUGAUGGAGAAUCAAAGAAUUCAGAUUCACAAACACCAGUUCCACUUGCAGAAGCCUUGUUUCUACCAGAGUUUCCUGUACGAGGAGAUCUUGAUACUCAGGACUUUGAGAAACUAUUUUCUUCUUCAUCUUCUUUUUCUUUUUCAUCUUUUUCUUUGUUCUUUAUUCAUUCCUUUUUUCUUUCUUUAUUUUUUCCCCUUUCUUUUUUCUACUCUUUCUUUCUCAUUCUCUUUUUCUUUCUUUUUCAUCUUUCUUUUUUGUUCUUUCUCUUUUGUUCUCUUUCUUUUUUAUUCUUUCUUUAUUUCUCUCUUUAUUUUCUCUUUCAUACUCUCUCUUUCUUUUUCAUCCUCUUUCUCUUCUCUUUCAUAAUCUCUCAUUUUUUUUUCAUCCUCUUUCUCUUCUCUUUCGUUCUCUCUCUCUUCUUUCAUCCUCUUUCUCUUCUCUUUCGUUCUCUCUCUCUUUUUUCAUCCUCUUUCUCUUCUCUUUCGUUCUCUCUCUCUUUUUUCAUCCUCUUUCUCUUCUCUUUCGUUCUCUCUCUCUUUUUUUCAUCCUCUUUCUCUUCUCUUUCGUUCUCUCUCUCUUUUUUUCAUCCUCUUUCUCUUCUCUUUCGUUCUCUCUCUCUUUUUUUCAUCCUCUUUCUCUUCUCUUUAUUCCUCUUUCAUUCUCUCUCUCUCUUUUUUCAUUCUCUUUCUUUUUCUUUCUUUUCGUUCUUUCUUUAUUUUUCUCUUUAUUUCUCUUUCAUUAUCUCUCUCUUUUCCAUCCUCUUUCUCUUCUCUUUCUUUUUUCAUUCCCCCUAUUUCUCUUUCUUUUUCAUUAUCUUUCUCUUUUCUUUGUUUCUCUUUCUCUUCUCUUCAAAUUAUUAUUAUUAA